AUGCAGCCCCUCCGCGCCCCCCUCGCUCUGCUCUGCCAGGUACUGAGCUCCUGGGCCGCCUGCGCGCUGCCCCCCGCCGCGGCUGCCGGGCCGCUGGCGCCCCCGCAGCGCGCCCGCUCGCCGACAGUCCCGACGCCCCUCGCCCCGGGCUGGCGGGCGGCCGGCUCUGCCGCGGCUCCGCUCCGCGGAGCGGUCGCCCGCGGCGCCGACGCCACUGUUGCCGCGGCCGGCGGAGCGGCGGGGGUCGGGCGGCGGCGGGCGCGGAGCAGCGAGCGCGGAGCCGGCGCGGCGGCGGGCGGUCCCCGCUGGCUGCCCCUGAACGGAUCGGCCGGCGGCGAGGGCAGCGCCGGGGGCCGCGGCAACGCCACGGGUCGCCGCGCCCGCCUCCGCAACCCCUUCUACCCGCUGACCGAGGAGUCGUACGGCGCCUACGCCGUCAUGUGCCUCUCCGUGGUGAUCUUCGGCAUCGGCAUCAUGGGCAACAUGGCAGUGAUGUGCAUCGUCUGCCAUAACUACUACAUGCGGAGCAUCUCCAACUCCCUGCUGGCCAACCUGGCCUUCUGGGACUUCCUCAUCGUCUUCUUCUGCCUGCCGCUGGUCAUCUUCCAGGAGCUCACCAAGAAAUGGCUCUUAGAAGACUUCUCCUGCAAAAUCGUCCCGUACAUCGAGGUGGCCUCUCUUGGCGUCACCACGUUUACACUGUGUGCCCUCUGCAUCGACCGAUUCCGUGCCGCCACCAAUGUGCAGAUGUAUUAUGAGAUGAUCGAGAACUGCACCUCGACGACGGCCAAGCUGGCGGUGAUCUGGGUGGGCGCGCUGCUGCUGGCUCUGCCCGAGGUGGUGCUGCGCCAGCUGGCCAGGGAGGACCCGGUGUAUGGCGGCAGUGGCAGCCCGCCCGCCGAGCGCUGCGUGGUGAAGAUCUCCACAGCGCUUCCUGACACCAUCUACGUGUUGGCGCUCACUUACGACGGGGCAAGACUCUGGUGGUACUUUGGCUGCUACUUCUGUUUGCCCACCCUUUUCACCAUCACCUGCUCCCUGGUAACGGCGAGGAAGAUCAGGAGAGCGGAAAAGGCUUGCACAAGGGGCAACAAGCGGCAGAUUCAACUGGAAAGUCAGAUGAACUGCACAGUGGUGGCUUUGACCAUUUUGUAUGGGUUUUGCAUCAUUCCCGAAAACAUUUGCAACAUCGUGACUGCCUACAUGUCCACAGGGGUCUCUCGGCAGACUAUGGACCUCCUCCACCUCAUUAGUCAGUUCCUUUUGUUCUUUAAGUCCUGUGUUACCCCAGUUCUCCUUUUCUGUCUCUGUAAACCUUUCAGCCGGGCCUUUAUGGAGUGUUGCUGUUGCUGCUGUGAAGAAUGCAUCCAGAAGUCUUCAACAGUGACAAGUGAUGACAAUGACAAUGAGUAUACCACAGAACUGGAGCUCUCUCCUUUCAGUACCAUCCGUCGCGAAAUGUCCACUUUUGCCUCCGUAGGGACUCACUGUUAA